ACACAGCUCAUCACCGCACUGCUCACUUCUUGUAUUCUACAGCAAAAGACAGAAUCUGCAGAAGAAACAGCACAAAAUGUCGAAAAUCGGUCUUGACGACCUCACUCCGCAGGGCACAGUCCGCAAACCGGACCUCUCGAUCGAAAUCCCGCCGCCGCCGUAUGCGAACCACAAGUCAUCUUCCGCCACGGCCGCGCUGCUCGUCCACACGCCCUACUCGCCUGGAUAUUAUGACGAAGACAACGAAGAAGACUACGGCGAUGGUCUGUUUGAGAACACCAGACGCCAGCCUCGCGUCAACUCGUACGCGGUCGGUCGCGCGCUCAGACUGUUCAAGUGGCCGAUCGUUAUCUCAACCCUCGUCGCGGCCUGUCUCUCGCUCUCCCUCGUCGCCUCGCAUCUCGUAAAGACCUCUGCGCCGGCUAUGUACGCAAAGCAGAGCAUCAACCUCAACCUCACCUCUGUCUCGAUCGUGCAGAUGUCUUCGAACGGCAUCCACACACACGUCGUCGGCGAGAUCUCAUUCAACUCGUCCAGGGUGCAGGACCGCACCACCCGCGCGGUCGGUCGGAUCGCGACGCUGAUUAUGCGCAAGGCUGAGACAAAGGAGACGACUAUGGAUAUCUCGCAUGUGGAUGAGUCUGGUCAUCCGAUCACGAUCGGACAGGCGUCCGUGCCAAACAUUGUUGUUGACAUCCGCGACGGUCACACUACGCCCAUUGAUUUCAUCAGCACCGUCAAGGAUGUGGCGGCUAUCUCCGACAUCGCAAAGUUGGUUGAGGAGUAUUUGCAUGGAGAGUUGAAUGGAGCGGUUUUUAGGGGUGAUGUUGAUUUGCCUCUGAGAUCUGGAAUCUUGCCACUUGGAACUCAUCACGUUGCCCACGACGUUCAUCUUCAGUGUAUGUGUUUUUAUUUCCUACUGCUUUUGUUUUAACUAUGGGACUAACAAUGGUGUAAAGCAUCCGGUACUGGAUCUAUUCCAUUCUCU